GCGCCGGCGCCCGCCCCGCGCCCCCUGACUGACGGCCGCCGCAGCCAAUGGCCUGGGCAGCUGGCGGAAUCCAAACCCGGUGAUGUCAGAAGCCUAAUCAUCUGCCGUGGAGAAGUGACAAGAGAGAGAGGGGGAAUACAAUUUAAUGUCGCAAUGGCUCUGAGAUGACGGAACAUGUGCGUACACAGAGACGUCCGAGAGAGAGCCAGGAUUUAAGGGUGCUUGCCUGACCCUAGGGAGAGGCUACCAGUUUACACUAUGUGUGGAGGACUGACUGUCAGAAAACAUCCAAGUCUUGGGGUUAUAACUGGAGUCUCCAAAAGUGCUACCGGUCCACGGGGCUACAGAAACUGCCACUUUAUGGAACUUUAAAGAUAACGGGGGUCUCAAUAAAGGAUUGCUGGGAUUAUCUUAACCCGGGUGAAAAGCCCAAAGGAUAUACAGGCAAGUCGUCGCUGAGCUUCACCAGUGCCAUCUAAAAGCUAGAACGCCGUCCACCUCCACCUCACUCCAUCCCGAUAAACCAAACCAACAGGCUGAACACCAAGUGAGAGACAGCGGCCGGAUUUCAAGGGGACGCUUGGCCCGAGCUUUCAACAUUUCCUGGUGCGACGAUGGUGCGGGAUCGUAGGAAAGUUGAGGCCCGGCCCAUGUCGUCUGACCAGGAUGCUGAUUUGUGAUGGGAAGGGCAACGCUGAAGAGAGCAAACAGUAUUCCCCAGGCUUGCUGCACAAUUAGUCGGCCGAGGGCCGUGUCGGAUCCCCGGCCAGGGAGCAGACCCCGUGAGGGAACGGCACUUUAACCAGCAGCAGGCAAUCGGACACCCAGCAGGGCUCGGUGGAGGGGGGGGGGCACAGGGGAGCCCCAGCAAGACUGCAUCCAGAGCAGAACCGGCGGCGAGGGGGCACGCCGGCUGGCCAAUGGGAGGAGGAGGCCCUGCUUGAGACCCCCGUCACCAGAGAGAGCCUACCACCGUUGUGCACCCCCCCCACCCCCACCAUUCCUUCCCACCCCUCCCCCACCCACACUCCACCCCCGGCAAGAUGGAGCCCAGACCGGUCGCUCUGGGCCCUGCCCAGCUGCAGGAACCUGGAGGAACUGGGCAAGGCAGCAGGGAAUGGGCCCCCAUUGCCAGCGAGCGGCCUAGGAGGCCGGCGGAGGCCACACAGAAUUAUUACCGGGCUCUUCCUUCCGAGGCUCCCCCGCCUCCUCCCCCUCCACUCCCUCACCCUGACCCUGCCCGCCGCCAGCACCUCCUGACCAGCCCCUACCAUUACACCCAGCCCCCGUACCCGGCCUUCCCCAGGCAACCGACCUAUCAGGUAUCCGGUGAGGCUGAGGCAAGGGGCCCUGAGGGAGGGUCCUGGCAAUUGAGCGUUCAGCCGGAGCUCGGCGGGUGUGGCGAGCCCUUCCUGGGCCCCCAGCCCGGCAAGAAGGUAGGGACCACCCCACCCUCUGCCACUGGUUACCGCCACCCACAGCUCGGUGCCCGGGAGGAGCGCAAGGCCCGUAAGCCAGGCCGGCACAUCUGCCAGUACUGCGGGCGGGCCUGUGCCAAGCCUAGUGUUCUCAAGAAACACAUCCGCUCGCACACGGGCGAGAGGCCGUACCCCUGCGGCCCUUGUGGUUUCUCCUUCAAGACCAAGAGCAACCUCUACAAACACCGCAAAUCACACGCCCAUGCUGUCAAGGCUGGCCUGGCCCCCGCAGUUUCGGCCGAGCCAGCUACCCUGCCCGGCGAAGAUGCCGAGCCGCCGCCCUCCGACGGAGACGAGAGCACCGACACGGAUGAGGAGGUGCGGCUGGGGAGCAGGCCUUCGACCCAGGAUGAGGUGGAGGCCCCGGGGCGCGGCAUGGGAUUUAUCCUCGGCGACGAUGAGACGUACGCAAAGGCCAGGUCGGGGGGACCAAUACUACCGGCCGAGGGAGAGCCCCUUCCCCAUCCCAUUCCCCCUCCCAUGAAGGUCCCCAUCCUCAUUGUGCCCCGGGCCCAGGGAGCCGGCACCCAGUCCGAGGCUCCGCCCCCAGCCAAGGCCGAGCCAGCCUGCCACAGUCCCGGAGGGCUGGGCCGCAGCUACAGCGGGCAGCGGGCUGUCAAGCAGAAGCUCGCACUCAGGCUGAGUGAGAAGCGGGGUGGCCGGGACAGCGAGCAGUCGCUUCACCUGCUCAGCCCACACAGCAAGGGCAGCACCGACUCGGGCUACUUUUCACGCUCUGAGAGUGCUGAACAGCAGGCCAGCCCACCCGACACCGAGGCGGCCAAGUCCUACGCUGAAAUCAUCUUCGGCAAGUUUGCUCGCCUGGCUCCCAGGUCACUGGUGGUGAACGAGGCCUCCCUGGAGUCUCGGGUGGCGGCGGGGGCCAAAGAGGCAGGGCCCGAUAUUGAGAGGCUGAUCGAGGAACACAUCAUGCGCCUCGUGGCCCAUGAGGAGGUGCUGAGGGAGCCAGCUCUGCCUGACAGCGGGAAAAACCGGCCUUACUUCCUGCCCGGUGAGGGAGAAGGCAGAGAUCUGUCCAGGUCCGACAAGGCCCAGUCCUGCUUGUUGGGUGUCCCUGGCGGAGACGGCUCCCAGCUCACCAGGAGCAACUCCAUGCCCGUCACCACAGGCAGUGGCCUGGCCGUGCCCCAACUCCUGCGGGGUAGCCACUCCUUCGACGAGAGGCUCACCUCCUGCGAUGGCGUCCUCCCGCCUGGCUCCCACCAGCGGCUGCUCAAGAGACAAAUUGCCAUUGAGCUGGUACCCGGACUGGAGGCGCCAUCACCACCCGACGAGGCUGAGGCCACCCGCCCUCGCGGAAGGUCAGCUCCCGGGCCGGAGGAAGGAGAGGCCAGUGAGGCCGAGGCCCGGAGGGUAGUGCUGCCACGGGCUCAGGGACAGAAUCCAGCCUUUGAAUGCGAGGCCUGUGGCAUCAAAUACCAAUUCUGGGACAACUUCGAGGCCCACCGCACCUUCUACUGUGCCCCCAAGCCCAGAGCUGGCCCAGAGAUUACAGUAUUCUCCCAGGCCUCGCCCCACAGGCCUGGUAGCCAGGGUCCUGACAUCUUGCCCUUCCGCAAGCGCAGGAAAGAGAAGAGCGUGGGGGACGAAGAGGAAGUCACUGGCAUCGGUGACGAUGGCGGCAGCCCGUAUGGUGGCUCCAGUACCUCAUUGGCCUCCCUCUGUGACUCCAGGGCUGAGAGCCUGGAGCAGGAACCCGGAUCCCGGGCCACUCCUCAGGCCUCGCAGACUCACAGGCCACAGACCCAGCCCAGUCAAGAAGAGUGGGAUGUCCCAGGUCCUGACGAGGGCCCCGAAGCCUGGCCCCCCUCGCCCCAAGCCUGCCGCCGACCUGGCGGCAAUGAGAUCUCCGUCAUCCAGCACACCAACUCCCUCAGCCGGCCCAGCUCCUUCGAACGCUCUGAAUCCAUGGAGGUGACUCCAGCCGGUGACGUCUCGCCCUCCGAGGUGCAAGACGGGCCACCAGCCGAGUUCUCUGAGGCCUCCAUCGCCCUCCCACCGCCGGGCCUCGCUUCGACCUCAGGCCCAUCCCCUCAGCCCAAGCUGGUGCGCCAGCGUAACAUCCAGGUGCCUGAGAUCCGGGUGACGGAGGAGCCUGACAGGCCCGAGCGAGAGCGGGAGAGGGAACGGGAGCCCCCAGCCAGGGAGCCCGAGCGGGUAGUCGAGGAGUUCCAGUGGCCACAGCGCAGUGAGACUUUGUGCCAGCUGCCUGCUGAGAAGCUGCCUCCCAAGAAGAAGAGGCUGCGGCUGGCUGAGCUCGAGUACUCGUCCGGCGACUCCUCCAGCCUUGAUUCAGGGCCGCCGAGCCGUAGCCCCAGCCAGGAGAGCAACUGGUCUCAUGGCUCUGGUCUCUCGCUGUCGCUGGAGCGCGAGGAGGCGGUGGGCACUGGGUCCAGGGCUGACUACCUGACGGUGCCCCCUACCGCUGGCUCGGCCGGGCCUCAGCUCAAGGAAAUGAGGCGCUCAGCCUCGGAGCAGUCGCCCUGCCUGCCCUGCCUGGAGGGGGCAGAGACCCGCAGCAAGUCCUUUGACUAUGGCAGCCUGUCGGCUUCCUCCAACUCCUCGUCUCCUCCACCUCCCAUCCCGUCACCCUCCCAAGCCACAGAAAGGAGGAGGUGCUUUCUGGUGCGCCAGGCCACACUCGGCUUGGGCUCUGAGAGCCCACAGGGCCCCGAAGCACCCGAGACCAUGCAGCUGUGCCAGGCCUACCCCCGGCUCCGUUCACCGUCGCCAGGGCGACGGUCACCCGGCUUCGAGGUCUGCACCCAGUUCCAGGCCAAGCUCCCCAACCACACCCAUCCCUUCUUCCAGGGGGAAGCGCAGGCCUUCAAGGCCCACCCCUUCCGUGUCACAGUGUCCGAUGCCAUUGCCCCGGAGCCUGAGGCCUGGCCUUCUGAGGGGAAGCCUGGGGCCCGUCCUGGAUCCUGGGGACGGCCAACCUCUCCCUGGGCCUCCCCUCAGCACUCGCCGAGCCGGGCGGGUGGGCCUGGCCCCACUCUGGCCUCCCUCCCCGUCAUCGCCGCCGCUGCCGCCCCUCCACCCCAGUUGCUGGUCCCAGUCCGGAUCCAGGCCCAGGUGCCCAGCUACGGCAGCGUCACCUAUACCAGUGUUUGCCACUCGCCAGCUCCUGGCCGUCGCCGCCUCCAGCCUGCUGGCCUGACUCAGCGUGUGGAGUCGCCACCACCCACCCAGCGGACUCCGUUCCUGCCUUGGCGCUUGUCCUCAUCCCUCUCCUCCUCCUCCUCUUCCUCCUCAUUCUCUUCGUUGUCCGGGACUGGGCUGCCCGAGGGCGUCUCUCCGGCCACGGCCGCUGCCACUGCUGGUAGUAGCAGCAAGCGGGUCCUCUCUCCGGCCAGCAGCCUGGAGCUGGUGCUGGAGAACCAGCAGCAGAAGCGAGUGAAGGAAGAGAGGAUCUGUGGCCAGAUGAUGGAGAAACUCAGCCUGAGGGAGUCCUCCCCCUCCUCCUCCCCCUCUCCCGCCUCCCCUUCCCCCUCCUCCUCCCCCUGCACCAAGCCCAGCAAGCCCCAGCUGGUGAGGCAGCGGUGUACCACUGAACUGAAGGAGGGAAGGACCUCCUCACCCUCCUCCUCGCAAGAGGCCCGGCCUGGUCCCGUCUCUGAGGUGGAGAUGGCCACUGGGGAGAGUCCGCUGGUUCCGUCACCCGAGCCUCCCUCCUCCUCCUCCUCCUCCUCCGCUGCCCGCCGUUUCCCCGUCAAGAUUGCAGUGCGGGCUCCUGGGACCUCCCCGCUGCCGGCUGAGGCCUCCGAUUCAUUGCCGUCCCAGCAACAGCACCUCCUCCCCUCUCCACCGCCGUUCCCCAGCCUGCGCAGCGCGGCCACCAUCAGCUGGUGCUUCCUUAGCCACGCCCGGCCUAGUCACGCCCGUCACGCCACCCCUGGCUCCUCCGUCUACGCUGUCUGGUGCGUUGGCUCCUACAACCCCAACCCGCCUGGCACCCCCACUAAGGUGGCUCUCGCGCUGCUGUGCUCCAAGCAGAAGGCUCGGCCCGAAAUUUACGUCACCGCGGCAGCCGGCUGGCCCAGCGCCGGCAAACUGGUGGCCUCCAGCAGCUGGAAGCAGCACCUGGCCCAGAUUAAAUGGUACGAAUCCUCGCAGCAAGAGAGUGACAGAAACGGAAGGAAAACAGCAGCAAGUUUGGAAAAGGAGAGGGAGAAAAUGGAGGCGUGUGCCACCAAAGACCACGGAACCAAGAUUGAACCCACAAGAAUUAAAAUCUUCGACGGAGGCUACAAGUCGAAUGAAGAUUACGUUUACGUGAGGGGACGAGGCAGAGGGAAGUAUAUCUGUGAGGAAUGUGGAAUUCGGUGUAAAAAGCCAAGCAUGCUGAAGAAACACAUCCGUACACACACAGACCACCGGCCGUUCAUGUGCAAGUUCUGUAACUUCGCCUUCAAAACUAAAGGAAACUUAACAAAACACAUGAAAUCGAAGGCUCACACCAAGAAGUGUUUGGAACUGGGUAUAACGAUAACAUGCAUGUACAGCACCGACACAGAGGAGACAGGAAUGCCAGAUGAGACGGAGAAAGACACCCUGAGUGAAGUGCCGGUGCGUCACCAGUUCUCCGAUCCCGAGGACACCGAUGGAGCUGAGGAGGAGGGAGACGAAGAUGAAGAUGAUGAUGACGACGAUGAAGAUGACCGGCAAGGCGACAGCACGCCGACCACAAGAUCUCGGAGUAGCAGCCCCUCAACCCGUAGUUCCAAGCCUGCCUCUGGCACAUUUAGCAUUGCCUCAGUCUCCACAUUUGAUGUCACCCACUCAAACAAUCAGUCUUCCCUCAUGAGUUACCUCGCCUCAGUACCAAGGAUCCAAGUGACUCAGCUAGUGCCCACCACUUAUUCUCAGGCGGGAUCGCCGCUGAUGGAUUAUCAGAGACAUUUGCACAACAGAUUGAUGGAUUCGAUGGAGUAUAGAGACAGAUUGGACAUCCCUUCCACAACUGGCCUUUGGAUGGCGCAGACCGAAGAUGGGUCUUCACGAGAGGACAGCUCCAGAGAGAUGUCCCCUUCAGGAGAUACCAGCUCGAGCACUCUACCCUCGCCAGCGUAUGAGGGAUCACCGGGGAGGGAGGUGUCACCGACGUCUCGCAGGUACCUGUCUCCGAGAAGGGAUCUCUCACCCAGGCCACACCUGUCUCCGAGACGAGAGAUAUCGCCUCUGAGGCACCGGUCUCCAAAGAGGGAGACCCACCUGACCGAGUGGUCUCCGAAGAGAGAUGCCUCCCCGGGCCGCCACUUCCUCCCGAGGAGAGAGAUUUUGUCACCAAGGCAGGUCUCGCCCGCGAAGGAUGUAUCCCCAAGAAGGGAGCUCUCCCCCAGGAGGGAUUACAAGGAACGGAGGCACAUACCAUUGAUUAGGGGAACUUCGCCGCAGAGAGGUUCUUUCCAGGGUGAAUAUGUAAUGGGCCAGUAUAUGCAGAAUUCAGAGAUGAACCUGAGACAAUCCCGGCAGAAUGUGUACGAUGGGAGCAGGCCACCGCCAUGGCCCUGGUUUGCCUCGGACAAUGCCCAGCGAGACCCGAGCCACACCCUCCACCCUGAGCCUCAGCCAGGCUGCCUUUUCACCCACUUGCCCCUGCACUCCCAGCAGCAGGCCAGGGCCCCCUACCAUAUGAUCCCGAUCGGGGGCAUCCAGAUGGUGCAGUCGGCAGCCCCGGCCUUCCCCGGGAUCCCGCCGGCACCCCGGCCCUCCCGGCGCGGCAGGCGGAGGGAGGAGAGCGGCAUCGACGAGGCCACCCACUGCGUGAUCGAGAGCAUCAAGGGGAUGGACAUCAUCUCCAAGGCGGAGGAGGGGCCCGCGCCCUCCCCGAUGGCCGUCUCGCCGCCUGGGUCCAGCACCCCUGAGGGGCCGCCCCUGCCCACAGAGAGGGAGGCCAGAGACGAGGGAUGCACCCUGGAAGACCAGGCUCCUUCCAGCCUCCUAAACCCCGCACGGUUGUUUGCGCCACGCCCCCAGGUGGACUAGUCACGAGGGGCAGGUGCAAGGAGGCUCCGAGCGGCUCCGUCAACCUGAGGUGAGCGGUGAGCAACUCAGUGGGUCUCACUCCCUUCCUCCCGUCCUGAAGAAUCGACCUCCUCCUGGUUGCCAACACGCCGAGGACCCCCUCGGAGAUGAGGAGCCCGCCGGACAACAGACCCUGAAAACACAGAACAGGGGUGCGUUGGAACUCAGUACCCGUGACAAUGGCGUGAAAGGGUUUUUGGGGAUGGUGGCCGGCGAGGAGGGUUGGCGGGCACCCGCGUCAGUCACUUCGACCUCCGUCCAUGAUCCGCCCUGACCUCGCAAAAAAAACUCGGCGGAGAUAUUUUCUGUUUGUUUCAAAACAAAACAAAAUCCUGACCAAAAUUAACUCGCAAGCUUACUUUUAUUGUCCUGUCAUGUAUUUUUCUUCAAUGUUGCAAAUAUUUCGUGCCUUUUAUUGAUGCUUGUAUCUGUAUGCAAAUCGACAGAAAGGGAGAAUUUGUACAUAUUUUAAACAUUGUGUACCUGCUUAAGAAUUGUACUGUUUUCUCUUUUGAGCACUUGGUGGGGUUUGGGGUGGCCGGGCGUGGGUCUUGUCUUAAAUAAUGUGAAUGAUUUAUCUGAAACGGUAUAUUUUUGUUUCCUCUGGGUCAGAGGUGAGUGGGUUGGGAUAUCGUUACACACGUGAGCUUGCACUAAUAAGGUAUUUUUAUACAAUUGAACUACUCUUGUGUACAGCAAAAAUGAUUCUGUGAUACUAAUAUUUAUUAUUUUUGUUUUAUAAAUUGCAAAUGCAUUUUCCCCUUUCCCCUCCCCCUCCCCCAGUGUAGACGCCUCUCAUAUGAAGCAUGAGAAUUGUAUGCUGUAGUAAUCUUGCUGCUAAGGUCUUGAAACGUGAGCACCGCCAUUGUACCCAGAGCCAUUGAUCACUUCACAGUCUAAUUCAUUGCAUUGUCCUGAACACCCGUCCAAUUUCCUUUAGAUAUUGAUACCAGGUGAGAUGAUGAGAGGGAGAGAAACAGUCUCCAAACCAAAUCUGAUCCCUUUGAAUGUGAUGGAUUCAGUAACACCUGGGCAAGAGUUUCUGCAGAUGUGGAAAUCCAGAAUAAAACAAACAAACACACACACACACACACACACACACACACACACACACAAUGCUGGAGGAACUCAGCAGAUCAGGCAACAUCUAUGGAGGGGAAUAAACAGUCAGCAUUUUGGGCCCAAUCACUUGGGCUGGAAGAGUAACACCUCAUAUUCCAUCUGGGUAGCCUCCAACCUGAUGGCAUGAAUGUUGAUUUCUCGAACUUAUGGUAAUUUCUCUCUCCUCCCCUAUCUCUCUAUUCCCAUUCCCUACUUUUUUUCUCCUCUCCCCCCUUCUUUUCUCCUCACCUGCCCAUCACCUCCCUCUGGUUCCCCUCCUUCUUCCCUUCCUUCCACGGUCCACUAUCUUCUCCUCCUUCGGCCUUGUACCUCUUCUGCCUACCACUUCCCAGCUUCUCAAGUCAUACCUCCUCCACCAUUCACCUUCCCUAUCACCUGCCAGCUUGUACUCCAGCCCCCCCUGCCAUGGCUUCUUCCCCCUUCCUUUCCAGUCCUGAUGAAGGGUCUUGGCCCGAAACUGUUCGCUCCUCUCCAUACCUUCUGAGUUUCUCCACACCUGAGUUCCUCCACCAUUUUGUGUCAGUUACUCGAGUUUAUAUCUUUAUGUUCCCAGCUCUCUUUCUUUCUCUCUCUCUCUCUCUUUUCCCCCCGUCAUCUGUAUCAUAAUGCCUCUAUGCCAGAGAGAGUCCUGAUCCUCUCGUACAGCUGCCUUCGGGGACUAGGUGCUACAGGGAGGUCUCUGUAAGACCACCAAGACCGUUCUUCCCAACAUGAGUUUUGCUUCCAACCCUCCUCGUCCUUGGAGCUUUGGCGGGCUGACCGAGAGAGGAUGAAGGAUACCUUUCUCUCCCUACCUUCAGAAACCCACCGGAGAGCCAGGUCAUUAAUCUGUUGAAUGCACGGUAGCACAACGCUUUACAGAGCCAGCGGCCCGAGUUCAAUUCCCGCCACUGUCUGUAAGGGGUUUGUAUUGUCCUUUCAUUUGUGUGGGCUUCCCCGGUCUGCUCUGGUUUCCUCCCACACCCCAAAAAUGAAAGGGUUAGUAGGUUAAUUGGUCACACAGGUGUAACUGGAUAGAGCAGGCUUUUUGUUGGAAGGACCUGUUACUGUGCUGUAUCUCUAAAUAUCAAAAAAUAUACAUUUAAUGUCCGAACUAUAAUAAAUGUACUCACAGAUUCUCCUCUAGGUAGGAGACCUUGGAAAUAUAUCCCUGCUUCUUCAUCAUGAUUGGUGGGUCUAAAUCCUGGAAUUCCAUCUCCACGUCCAAGUCACAAUACCAUCUGGACUUUCUAUUGCCUUCAAAGUAUAUUUAUUAUCAAAGUACGGAUAUGUCACCGUAUACUAUCCUGAGAUUCAUUUUCUUCAGUCAUGCGAGAUACAAAGAAACACAAAAGAAUCAAUUGAAAAGCACGCACAAAGACGGACAGACAACCAUUGUGCAAAAGAAGACACACUGUGCAAAUACUAAAAACAAUAAUAAUAAGUAAUAUUGAGAACACGAGAAGCAUUGGCUGUCCUUCAUCUUCCCGGGGUCGAAAUCCUGGAACACCCUCGCUAUCUGCACCUUCAUCGGAAGGGUCACAGCACUCGCUUCAGGAAGCAGGCUCACCCCCACCUUCUGGGGGGGGGGAGGAGAGGUCAAUUAGGGAUUGGAGACCGAUUCAGGCCUUGACGGCGACAAGUAUAUCCAUGGAAAUUGAAGAAAUAAAAAAAUAUAUAAUGCUCCCAUUCCCCCAUGUCAUUUCCUCCUCCCGGUUUACCUGUCCUGCUCAGAGUUAAAUCCGAUUUUGACCGUGGUGAUUAGAACACACAAAAAAUGAUUUAAUAUGGCUCCUUUUAUAAUGACUCGUCCGGGGCAUAAUUUAGUUGUUGAAGUUGGGGUCAAGAUGGUGAUGCCUACUACUUUUUUUAUAUAUUGAAAGAAAAUAAAGUACGGUGAUUAUGCACUUAAAAAAAUUGAAAACUGAUCUUGCGUAUGAUGUAAUCAUUUGAGUUAAAUUUUUAAUCCAGAUUGUUGCUGUAUUCAUUAUAAAUGAAGAGAUUAUUAGUGUUUUUUAAAUAUAGUACUGUUUAGCAUUAAAUAAAUUGUAUCUGGGAUAUGUGCAUCAUUUUAGAACUUUAAAUAUGAUGGUUUAAGACAAAAAAUCACUUUAAGAGAUAUUUUAAACUUAUAAGUGAAUAUGUUUUUUUGUGUAUGUGCUUGAUAUAUUAGCAAAGACAGAAAAGAAUACAUUCCAAAAAUUUGUACAUAUUGUAUAUUUAAAGUGAGCUGUCUGUGCAUUUUCUGUGUAAACUGACACUGUCGCCAUGUUUUCCUGUUAUUACACUUUAUUGUACAGUAAAGACAUUAACAAAGAGCUUGAUUAAAAGCACAGAACUGUCAUUAAAAGAAAUAUACAAGGAGAUGUCUGGGGGAGAAAGGGGUA